GUGAUCGAACCGCUAUUCACCGGAUCACUAAGAGCUGUCGGAGCCAUGCAGCUCCUCUGCAGCGUAUGCACGGUUCACCUGCUGCUCUUCUGCCUCCCAGUGUGCUUUGCUGCUCAUGGUCGCUAUGCUCAGAAGCUGAUGACUGACUUGUUCUCCAACUACACCAGCGCCUUGCGUCCGGUGGAGGACACCGACCACAUCAUCAACGUCACACUGCAGAUCACUCUCUCCCAGAUCAUCGACAUGGAUGAGCGUAACCAGAUCCUGACAACAUACCUGUGGGUCCGCCAGGUGUGGAAUGACGCCUACCUCACGUGGAAGAAAGAGGACUAUGAUGGUCUCGACACUAUCCGCAUACCCAGCAGCUACGUAUGGAGACCUGACAUUGUUCUGUACAACAGUGCAGACGACGAGUUUUCCAGCUCCAUGGAGACCAACGUGGUGAUUCGUCACGACGGGCAGAUCAUGUGGGACCAGCCAGCCAUCACCAAAAGCUCCUGCUCCGUGGAUGUGGCCUUCUUCCCCUUCGAUCUGCAGCAGUGUCACCUAACCUUUGGGUCCUGGACUCACAACGGCAACCAGAUGGACUUGUUCAAUGCCUUAGACACUGCGGACCUGGCAGACUUCGUGCCCAAUGUGGAGUGGGAGGUCCUGGGCAUGCCAGCCAAGAAGAAUGUAAUCUUGUACGGUUGCUGUUCUGAUCCGUACCCAGACAUCACCUUCAGCCUCCACCUGAAGAGACGGGCCUCCUUCUACAUCUUCAACCUCCUCAUCCCCUGCAUGAUGAUUUCCUUCCUGGCGCCAUUGGGCUUUUACCUGCCGGCAGAUUCUGGUGAAAAAGUUUCUCUGGGUGUCACCGUGCUGCUGGCCCUCACCGUCUUUCAGUUGCUGGUGGCUGAGAGCAUGCCACCCUCCGAGAGCGUCCCACUGAUAGGAAAGUAUUACAUCGCCACCAUGACCAUGGUCACUGCCUCCACAGCACUCACCAUCUUCAUCAUGAACAUCCACCACUGCGGCCCCGAGGCUCGUCCCGUCCCGCAGUGGGCCGAGCGCUUCAUCCUAAACUACCUCGCCCGCAUCUGUUUCGUAUACGAGGUCGGUGAGAACUGCCUCGGCGGGGCGACCUCCAGCAAGGAGCCUCUGUCUGAGGAGGGGUCUGAAGCUGGAGCAGCAAACAACAGCAACCCAAAAGGAACACACUGGGACGGGAAGGGGCAAGUGUGGGCCGGGAGGGUGGAGGAGGACGGGGCGGGGGGAUCAAUGAAGCCGGGGCGGGACUCAAGCAACCAGACUGAGUGGACGGAGGACAUGUUUGUGACCAUCGACCACUCCGAGGAGGAAGGAGCUGCAGGAGGAACUGACGGGGAGCGAGAGGACUCAGCCUGUGGAGGAGGAGGUGAGCAUGUGGAGGAAAAGAAAGGCGUAGGAGGUGAAGAGGCCGGCGGAGGCAGCGCCGGGGAAAACAGGAGGGAGAUCUUUGUGAACACCGUGUGUGUGUGCCAGCACCAGGGACUCCGCAAACAUGUUGAGUACAUUGCCAACUCGUACCAGGACCAGCGGGCCGCACAGCUGCGCAUCGGGGAGUGGAGGAAGGUCGCCAAGGUCAUGGACCGCUUCUUCAUGUGGCUCUUCUUCAUUAUGGUCUUCUUCAUGAGCAUCCUAAUCCUGGGAAAAGCCAUCUGAUGGAAAUCCAACCUCAGAGAUUCCCAUGAGAUGAUAAUGGUGGUUUCGAGUUGGCACCCCGAUGCAAUGGUUCGUUUAUAAUGUCUUAAAUCAUACGUACCUUCAAACACGUGAUCAAGGUUAUCUUACACUGAUCGUUGUGAUCCAUUAAUGACGCACAUCAACUGCUCAGAAAUACAGCCAUUAUGUCCCUUUGCUCCUGAUAUCAGAACAUCCCAUGCUCUUUGGAGUACUUUUAAUAUCUGGUGACAUUUCAAACUAAGUUCCAGCUGGCGCACUUGAAGCUGAUUUUAGCACGUUUCACUUGUUUGGAGGAAAACUUGAUUUUAAGUAUAAAUAUCAUCAUGAAAUGUUCUUAAGAGACGAAGGCAACAUUAUACACACACACACACACACACACACACACACACCACACACACACACACACACACACACACACACACACACACACACACACACCACACACACACACACACACACACACACACACACACACACACACACACACACACACACACACACACACACACACACACACACUAUCACGUUAAAGUAUGCCACACUUUUUAUAUCAAGACCUUCUGAGUGUUUCUUAAACUUAAAUGCAUGCAGGAUUGUUUUUAAGUCAUCACGUUGAAAUGUGGGGUAUUUGGGACAAGAAGUAUUUUUUCAUUUAGUCUAUGUAUCUUUUAUUAAAGCAUAAAGAAUAUUAACAUCUUUCCCCUUCAUCUCGUUAAACUACUGAAGCUCAGAUUACCUGAGGUUUUGAAUGAUCAGAAUUGGCAUCAAUCAACUAACUGUUGCUCUCAAACAAAUGAAGAAUACAUUAGUUGUAAAAUAGCAGAUGUUGGACCCGGCCUGAGUUUUGCUAAAUCAAAUAUAGAUCUGUUGGUAUUUGGGCCACAGACGGCUCACAGUUGGUCCUCCGGGCGGAAACCUGGAGAAUGCUUUAUUAAAACAAAUCCUUUCUUCUAAUAAAAUGAUAACACACUGCAAUUAUAAAAGGUUCACAGCGGACCGAUGACUGAGGGUGUUGAAUAAUGAUUCAGAGAUAAUCCUGCAUAAUGAAGCCCUCACAUUGUGAGUGUUGGAGAGUUACUCGUGCCAUGUAUCUGCACAUAGACAACGAGUGGUAAUCAAUGUGGUUUUCUCACGAAGGCACAUAUUUAUUCACUGCAAGAAAUGACCUUAACAAGUAUUAUCACCAUGUGUUCAGAAGUCUUUAUUUAUUCAAAUUAAUCAAAUAUAAUGAUGCUUUAAGUUGUUGGGAGAUUGGCUGCGAGUUCACCCAAUUUUACAAGAUUAAAAUGCUAUGAUACUUUGUCGUUUUAAAAGCAGUAAAUAGCUUUGAAAGAUAAACCCUUUUACUCAUCAUGUCCCGAUCAGCACACAUCUUGGUCACAAUGAUUCCCUGAACAAAUGUUAGAUUGAAUUAAAAUGUGUACGCUUCUUCCAAAAUAAAAAAGGGUACUCGACCUUGACCUUCAUGAUGUUAACACAACAACAUGCCAAACUUCUUCAAUAUGUCUUGUUUGUGGUGUUUGUCAACAGACAUAUUUACACAUGACACACAGUUGAUUAAAGAUUUCUUAUUAAAAAUG